UGUGUUAUAAUUGGGGAAUUUAAUGACCGAGGUGCCCACACAGAACUCCCACCAUGAAGACCCUCGCAGCCACAUUGGUACUAGCAGUGUUAGCGACAGCACUGGCAAGACAAAUUCAAAAGAGUGACACUCAACCCAGAUUUGUCCGUUAUCAUUCAUGGAACACUAAGAUGUACCCCGUGUGGAAACAUGGAGACGCACGCUACAGAAACAGCUGGACGGGCGGGGAGGUGAAGUUUGACGUUAGCAACGACGCCCCCACCUUGACUGGAGCCAAGAUCACCUUCACCAUCGACAUCCGUUUCCCUGUCAACCAGAAGAUCCUGCCAAAUGGUGAAGUAGUCUGGGCAAAGAACUGCACUGUGGACGGAACACAGUGCCAUGAGGGACAGCCUGUGUACCCUGAGCAGAGGUCCUCUGAAGACUGGAACGGUGUGUUCCCCGAUGGCGUUCCCCUGGGAAAGGACGGAGACAAGAAACCUCCCUACGUGUUUGUGUGGAAGACCUGGGGUCAGUACUGGCAGGUGAGUGACGGGCCCUCCUCCUCUUUGACAAUAUCUACGGACAACAUUCCACUGGGAUCCUACACCAUGGAUGCCGUCAUCUACCACUACCGCAAGAGGGACAAGUUUAUCCCAAUAGGUUAUGCAUCCACACAGUUCUGUAUCACAGAUCAGAUUCCAUUUGAGGUGGUGCUGUCUCAGGUGAAUGAUAUUGAAGAGGAUGACCAGCGCUUUGUCCAGAACCGAGCCGUGGCCUUCAGCAUCUCCCUGCAUGACCCCAGCGAGUACCUCGACACCUCGGACGUCACCUUCAACUGGGAUUUCGGUGAUGGCAGUGGCACUGUGAUAUCCAGGGAGAAUACGGUCACACACACCUACACGCUGUCCGGGGGCUUCCAUCCCAAGGUGGUGGUACAGGCCGCCAUUCCAGACCCCUCGUGUGCCACCCCUGCCAACGCACCCACCAUACAGAGUCCCACCACCAAGCCCCCUGCUCCCCCACUAGAGGAGUUCACCACAGCUGAUGUGCCAGUACAACCAGAAGAGGGCGUCACAGUCCCGGCCUUCACCCAGCUUUCCUCUGACUCCGGCAUGACUAGCCCCACCUCCGAGGCCUCUGCUGCUGGGGACGAGAGUGAGGACGACCCCCCUACUGUGCCUGUGGCCACGGGCCCUGCGGACUUCAUCGAGAACCUGAAUAACCGCGCAUCCUCCAUCAACCCUGCCGUGGACAGUGUCACCACCGUCAUCCCAGCGGCCACUGUGAGGGUGAUCACAGUGAGGCGUGUGACCUCAGAUGGGGAGCAGGAGACCGGGGGGAACUUGAUCAUGGAUGCGGCCACCACUGCGGCCCCUGUGGGAGACGCCCGGGAGGCUGAGGACACCGGGGCACAACAGGCUGCCAGGGUGAUCAUCAAGCGGUUCGCUCAUCGUGAAGAGUGCGUGAUCUACCGCUAUGGCUCCUUCUCCGCUGCAAUUGAAAUUGUUGAGGGAAUCGAGAGUGUGGAGAUUGUUCAGGUGUCCAACGCUGUGUUAAUGAGUGAACUGGAGCCAAAUGCUGUGGACUUCACCAUCACCUGCCGGGGCAGCAGCCUACCCACGGAGGUGUGCACCGUGGUGUCAGAUGCCAACUGUGUCAUGCCAGUCAAGACCAUCUGCAACCCUGUGCCAGCAACUCCAGACUGUCAGCUGGUGCUGCGGCAGUUCUUCAACGACUCCGGAAUCUUCUGUGUCAACGUGUCCAUGACAAACGAUGUCAGCCUUGCUGUCACCAGCACCAGGGUCAGCGUAAACAUGGGCUCCAGGUUGUCAUCCACGGGAACAGUUGCCAUGGUCCUGGGUGUUCUGAUAGUGGCAUCAGCAGUUGGAACAGUGGCAUUUACCUACCAGCGUCUGAAGGGCUACAGGCCUCUGACAGAGCUACCAGCCUCAGACCAGCAGGCCAGCGCUGGGCUCAGCUCUUUCCCUGCCCUCAUCUGGAGUCUGCUGAGUGGCCAUGGGCCUGGAGAUAACCGCACCCUCCUCCGCAGGGUGGUUUAAUCUCAUCAUUCCCCUCCUCCUGUGCAGAGUGGAAUGGUCCACAGCCCUCUGAUGUUAUAUAUGAGAUUUGUUACCAGGGUCUAGGCACGUUGUAGCCCUUAAAGAUAAAGUCUGAAUAGAAUCUUUUUUAUCGUUUCUCAGAAUUUUUACUUCACUUUUUACAGAGGUUCUUGGCAUUUGCUGUAUUUGGCUUUUUGUAAUGAGUUUUUUGAUCAAUUUUUCUACAGACCAUUUUGCUGUUUAAGGAUUGUGUUUUUUUUUUGUUUUUUUUAGUAUUUUUAUACUUUUAAGUGUGAUUGUACUGUAUGCACACAGGAAACAUUUUAGAUGCUUACCCAACAUCAUGUUGUUCCCAGGCCUUAAUUUCUGAUAUUUUGGUAUCUGGCUGUUGAAAUAAAAUGUUGCAUACCAUGA